AUGGUGCUUAUUACCGUGUCAAAAAUCAUGAACUGUGAAAGACUAAUGCGGAACCCAGUUAGGCUUCUCAUCGUCAGGAACUGGCACAAGGAACCAAUCAAGGUGACAUGGGAAAAGCCGGAAAUAGGAUGGACAAAGCUCAACUACGACGGUUCGUGCAAAUGCAAAACCGGAAAAUCAAGCAUAGGAGGCAUCCUUCGGAACCACAACGCUGAAUUCCUCCUAGGAUACGCGGAGCCCAUCGGACGCACCACCAGCACGGUGGCGGAGCUGGCGGCACUUCGGCGAGGCCUGGAACUGGUCCUAGAGAACGGGUGGAAUGACGUGUGGCUGGAGGGGGACUCCAAGUCCUUGGUUGAAAUGAUUGCAAAGAGAAAGGUAAAUGUCGUGAGAUCUGAGGCUGAGAUACAUGUGAGGGAGAUAAACGUGAUGAUACUGGAGCUGAACAAGUGCAUGGUAACUCAUGUUUACCGAGAAGGAAACAGAGCAGCAGAUAAGUUUGCCCAGCUGGGACAUCAUCUGAAGACGCCUCACGUUUGGAGGAACGUCCCUCCCGGUGAGGUGCUGCGCGUUAUGCACCAGGAGGCAGAAGGAAAAGUUUUUCUUCGCAGGAGAUAA